AUGGCGGAGGAGUUGGAAAGCGUGAAGUUCAACGGCACCAAUUCAAUGGCCAUUGAGUGUCAAGACUCGAUCUUUGUCCCGCUGCGACCGCGCCAGAAGCGUACCCUGGACCACUCCCAAACUUUGCAGUCGCUGCAACCUCCCGGGGAAAUCAGCAAUGACAGCCCAUCGCCAGCAAAGAAAGCGAAGCAAGGACCACUGCCCGAUCAUGACGAGGGAGGCGUAGAGGAGGUUCCAAGGUCGAAUUCAGAGAUCGGUGCAAUCACUGCACAACCCCACGUGGAGGUCCUCUACACGCUCGUCAACGCGCAAACCAAACGAAUGAAGAUCGUGUCCGCCAGCGGCGCCUGGGACAUCAAUCUUCUCUUUCAACCGAAUGGCCAGGUGAAGAUCUCAUCCCCCAGCUACCCAACGGAGCUUCAAUUCCGCUUCGAUGCUCACGGCGAGCUGAACCUCAGUGUGAGCAGUAGCUCUACGGUUACGCUGCAUCUUAAGGCUGAGCUGCUCGAAACGAACGGAGAUGGGAGGAUUGUACUUCGCACACGUCCACAUGGAUACCGAUCUACAGUGUUCCUAUUCCUCAAGCUCUACGCCGAGUUAAGGAUUCAGAUCUACGACCUUGUACUUGAGGCGGAUGGUACUUCCGGGUGGCUGUCUAGUUACCGUGAACGCCAUCAGAGGUGGCUGGCUAAUUGCCGUGGAUCCCCACUGCAUCUUCUACACUGGAAUGAGCCUACCAUUAAGAUCAAGGGGCAUAAGUGGUGCCUAGGAUCGGCUCAGAAACUAUUAUGGAUCAAUCAACAGAUUCGUGCCGAAGUAUCAGCAAAGGUGUUCCAGGUGGAGACAAUCAGCUUCUUCAGGGAAGAAUUCAGUGAUCUCGACAUCUUACGCAAGGUGCUCUGGCAGAUCGGUGACGUAGGAAAAAAGAGUGUUAAGGAGUUGUCUUGGGUCAGGUGGUGGACUAGCAGCUGGGAUGGGGACAAGUCAAAGAAGAACCUCGAAAUUGAGGUCGUGUCUGACGUCGUGCGGCGUCUCCAAGAAUGCACGAAUCUCCAACGACUUACGAUCCAAAUUCCCGGGAGGAAAGGCCUAGCCCCGUCUAAACUGAGGUCAUCGCAGUUCAAAAGCAUUUGUGGAUUCGGUUUGCUUCGUACCAUCCAACACGUUCCGAACGUCGAGUUUCUGUCAAGUCCCAAUAUUCGCCUGACGAAGUGGCUGUAUAAUGGCAUGGUGCAAACAGAACUCGCGGGACCGCUCCACAACGGAGCAUUCGAGAGACCGAGGUGGAAUAGCGGGAUUGGCAUCAUCCAUAUUUGGACGUCCGAGCACGGCGGCAUACCGGAAGCAGACGCACCGCCACUUCAGCGCAAGCAUAUCCAGAUGGCCGACGGUUCUACUGCAAUCAAUAUCCACAGUCUAGCGCCAGGCCCACAGAACCGCGCCCUGUCCUUGGACGAGGGCCAUGGCACGAGCCGGUUUCGCGAAAAGUCUAACGUUGACGACAAGCGCGCGGCAAAGAAAGUGAGGCUGUCACGAUACCGGUCCGAUGAAGACGACGUAGAAGAGAUUCCGAGAACAGCUGAAGAAAUCAGUGCCAUCGGCACGCAGCCAGAUGGAGAGAUUGCCGAGGUACCUCUUAGUGCGCAUACUCAGCAUAUGAAGCUUGUGUCUGGUGAUCGGACCCAAGACGUCUCCGUAUCUCUCGAUCCUAACGGCAAUCUGAAGAUCAUUUUAGCUGGACAUCCAAUGGAGCUUGCUAUCCGCACCAAGCCAAACGGAGAAAUGAGGGUCAGCAUGAGCAGCAACUCCAAUAUCAAGCCUUACGUCAAGCAUAAGAAUCUCCAGAAUAGGGGAGAGAAGGAGGUAAUUCUUUGCGGACGACCAAAUCAAUAUCGUCGCUUCACCUUCCUGUUCCACGAGCUACCCCAAGAGGUACGUGACAUGAUCUAUAAGAAGCUCGUAUACAACGACAAGAAGGGGUGGGCGUCAAGCUGUUUGCGACGCCCUGGCGAGCCGGCUUUCACAGGCGUCUGUCACCCACAGAGUCCACAGGCUCUGGGUGUUGGUCAAAAGCUGCUCUGUAUAAAUAGGAAAAUCCGCGCUGAAGUAGCCAAGGAGUACUUUCGGAUCUCCAAGUUCGAUUUCUCGGAGGCGGAUCAUUGCUAUCACAAUCUAACGAUCGUGCGCGACGUGCUUGAGCAGAUGGGCGAAGUCCGUAGAGCGGACAUCACGCAGCUGCAAGGGAUCAUGUGGUGGACGCCAGCCUGGGACGACGAUGUUGGAGCAAAGUUAAAGCCAGGGCUAGGCAGUGGUCCAGGCCUCGCGGGUGAGGUAGUGCGCCUUCUCAAAUCUUGCCACAAGCUCGAAAAGUUGGAGAUUCAGAUUCCAGAAAACAAAGGACUGGUCAAGUCGAGGUUGAAAGAGAAGCACUUCGGGACAGUCUGCGCCUUUGACCUCCUCUAUUCCGUCAAGCAUGUUCGACAUGUCAACGUCCGUAGCCCUUACGAGGCGCUGUCAGAUUGGUUGCAGAAGGGUAUGCGCAAGAUAGAACAGCAACAUACGCUUGGGCACUUAGUCCACCACAAAAAGCACAUGCAAUAUUACGAGGAGGUGCUGGCGGCCGGCGGAACGCUUCAUAGGAGCGAGCAGAAACAUUACGCAGAUCUUCAGGCACACUUUCAAGCUCCACACCGCAAAGCCAAUGAAGCGGACACCGAGGAAGUUCCGAACGCAAUUCAUGAGACCGAGAUCGCCAUCGCGCAACGACAGUCUGACCGGAUAGGAUUUACAAUCUUUCCUUUCUUCAAGUUGCCCGCAGAGCUACGACUGGAGAUCUACAACCUCGUGCUCGACUCGGAUAACCUAAGGGGGGGGUCCAUGCGCGGUAGGUUUCCGGUCCAAAACAAACCCGGCCUGGUGUGCCGAUCCAUGGGGCGGAGGGCUCUAGGAGUUGCUCAAAAGCUCGUAUGGAUCAACAAGAAAAUUCGGACGGAAGUUGCAGCAGAGAUAUUUCGGAUCGAGACGUUCGACUUCGAUAGCUCAAGAUUUUGGAAUCUCGAAAUGGUGCGCGACAUUCUCAUACAGAUUGGAGAAGUCGGACGAGAUAGCAUCAAAGAGCUCCGAGCUAUUCGUUGGUGGCCGUGGGGCGAGGACUGGAAGACGGAGAACUCUCCGAACUCGGAGCAGUAUAGGGAAUGCGCCGCCGCCGUCGUGGAUCUUAUCAAGUCUUGCAAGAAUCUCGAGAGGCUGAGUAUCCGGCUCCCGUUCCAUGAAGCCAUCACACCGACCGUAUUGAGGCCGUCGGAGUUUGGAGAUCUUUGCGGUCUCGGCUUCAUCCUAUCUGUUACACACGUUCGACACGUGUCCUCCACUAGCGCAUACGCUGAUCUGGGAAAGCUUGCUACCUACUGGUAUACGUUACACGGGUUGAAGGACAAUAUGCAGUGGGGAGAGACCGAAGAGGACGUCUUGCGUUGGCAGGCGCUUGUACCAGACUCUUCAUCCUUGAAACACUUCCACGGGCAACACAACACGGCAUACUACAAUGAAAAGCUGAGGAAUGGCAGCAAGCUUUCUCUGGCGGAGGUGGUCCUGUGGGCUGAAAUCCAAAAAGCGGAGGCUGCUCUCAUAAAGGCGGUAUUUUGCAUAGAGCUGAAGCUACGAGAAACCAGAUGA